AGUGUCCUACUCACCAACCCUAUCUCACACAGACCAACAACUACUUACAGGCUUAACAGGGACCAAGUGCAACUAUGAACUCAGUCAUGGAUGCCAUGCAGGGCUAUGGAGUGAGCACCACCCACUACCUGCAAACCAACUACAAGGAUGCCCAAGGUUUGUUCCUGUGGGUGUCCUGGGCAGCUGACCUGAGGAACACUUUCUUCAUCUUUUUCCCACUGUGGUUCCACCUGCGGGCAUCGGUGGGCAUCAAGCUGAUCUGGGUGGCAGUGAUUGGAGACUGGCUCAACCUGGUAUUCAAGUGGAUUCUGUUUGGGGAGCGACCCUAUUGGUGGGUGCACGAGACACCAUACUACAGCAACAUCACAGCACCUCAAAUUGAGCAGUACCCCAUGACCUGUGAGACUGGCCCAGGCAGCCCUUCUGGUCAUGCCAUGGGAGCAGCUGGUGUUUACUACACGCUGGUCACCUCCGUACUGGCCAUCAUGCUGAGCAAAAAGAAGAAAGCAGCUUCCAAAAACUGGUACCUGAAGACGACUCUGUGGACUGUCUUCUGGGGGGUCCAGGUGUGUGUCUGUCUUUCCAGAGUAUUCAUUGCUGCCCACUUUCCCCACCAGGUCAUCACAGGGGUCAUCACAGGUAUGAUUGUGGCGGAGUGUUUUAACAGAACCCAGUGGAUCUACAGCGCCAGCCUGAAGAAGUACUUGUACACCACCCUCUUCCUGCUCUCCUUCGCUGUGGGCUUCUACGUGCUGCUGAAGGCUCUGGGUGUGGACCUGCUGUGGACCCUGGAGAGAGCCCAGAAGUGGUGCGUGAGGGCCGAGUGGGUCCACCUGGAUAGCACCCCCUUUGCCAGCCUCCUCCGCAACAUGGGCACUCUGUUUGGCCUGGGACUGGGUCUGCACUCACCCCUCUACACCGAGAGCCGGAAAAGCACCAGCGCCACCUUCAGGACUGGAUGUAUAGUCUCUUCUCUGCUCCUGCUGCACUUCUUUGACUCCUUCAAACCUCCCACGCACACCGUGUCUCUCUUCUACCUGCUCUCCUUCUGCAAGAGUGCCACUGUUCCCCUGGCAACCGUCAGCAUCAUUCCCUUCUGUGUGUCCGGAGCCUUGAGCAUAAACAACAAGAAAAAUCUGUGAGCUGAGCUCCUGCACACAACCUCUAGAGACUCGCGGAACUGUGAACUAUCGGUGCUUACUCUACUGUACAUUCUCAUGUCACUGACUAUCCAUCUAAGAGCUCAAGAGAUCAACAAGCAAUAGUUUCUUCGUCGCACAUAAAUGUUUUCUAGUUUGAUGAUGAACACUUUGGACACAAUGUAAGCACUAUCCGGUGUGCACUGAGACAUGUGGUUCCAUGUCAUUUGAUUGUUUCAAUGAUCAUUUCAAAACAGUUCUCCGGAGAACCCAGGGUUUGUUCACCUCAAGGGUCAGUUGUUUUAGUCAAGUUUAUUUUGACAAAUGUUUAUGUUAACAGCAAUUCUCACUCAGGACUUUUUGUUAGUUAUCCACAAAAAUUGUGUUUCAACUAUGUUAUUGUUUGUUUUCUAAUGUUAUUUUUCCGGUAUAUACUAUAUUUUAACUGUCAGAUAUUUAUAAUAAAAACCUAAAAAUAGUUAAAU